AUGACCUCCCAACUCGACAAGCCUUCUCAAUGGGCUACGGGCAACGACGCCCCUACGGAGAAGCAAAAGGCCUUCCUCUCCACUCUUGCAGCCGAUAAAGACGCCCAGAUUGAUCCCUCUAGCAUGAACAAAUCAGAGGCGUCCUCGAAAAUCAACGAGCUCAAGAACGCCGAGACCAAGAACCCGGGUGCUACUGCUGGAGAGCCAAUUCAGAAUCCUGAUAGCUGGAGCACCGGGGAGGAUCAGGCUACGGGGAAGCAGACAGGAUACAUUGCGGCUAUGGCAAGAGAGGCUGGCGAGAAGGUAGAGACCGGUAACAUGGGUAAAACCGACGCUUCAAAGAAAAUUGGGGAGUUGAAGGAGAAGACGGGGAUGUGA